AUUAAUUUUGGUAAAGUGAUUUGUCAAUUCGUGUAUAAGGAAGAAAGUUUGAAUUUGUAUUUAUAUCCGACGUUUAAAACUUCAUGCAUUAUCGAUACAAAAUGGAUGCUGGUGUUAAAGAAGAAAGACCUCCAAAUCCACGAGCUGGUGCUAAUAUAUUUAAAAUCCUCACAUUUAGCUGGACUUUAGGCAUUUUCAAAACGGGACGGAAAAAGGCUUUAGAAGUAAAUGAUCUCUAUACAGCACUUGAUGAUUACAAAUCAUCAUUAUUAGGAGAUGAAUUAGAAAAGAAAUGGAAAUUUGAGGUAACCGAGGCUAAAAAUAAAAAUCGAGAUCCUAGUUUGAUAAGAGUUUUGAUUAAAAUGUUUGGUGCUAAAAUAUUUUAUUAUGGAUUAAUACAAAUAUUCAUUGAAGUCAUAUUAAGAAUGUCUCAACCUAUACUCAUUGGCGGACUUAUAUCAUACUUCAAUUCUAAUGAAUCCAAUACAAACAACAAAGGACAUGCAUAUUUUUACGCAUCUGGACUAUUGUUAACCAUAUUAAUAAACAUUUUCCUUUUUCAUUUGUCACUAAAUGAAUUAAUAUACUGUGGUAUGCAAAUGAGAGUGGCUUGCUGUUCAGUAAUAUUUAAAAAAGCAUUACGUUUAAGUAAUACAUCGAUUGGUGAAACCAAUAUUGGUAAAAUAGUGAAUUUGUUAUCAAAUGAUGUAAAUCGAUUCGAUAUAGUGAUUGCAUAUAUGCAUUUUUUGUGGAUCGGUCCCCUAGGAACUAUUGUGGCAACAUAUUUUUUGUGGCAACAAAUUGGCGUAUCGACAUUAUUUGGAAUUGCGGUACUGAUUAUGUUUAUUCCAUUACAAGGAUGGCUGGGAAAGAAAAUUUCUGAAUUUCGAUUAAAAAUAGCUCCAAGAACUGAUGAUAGAGUUAAGCUAAUGAAUGAGAUUAUCUCAGGCAUUCAAGUGAUUAAAAUGUAUACUUGGGAAAAACCGUUUGCAUAUUUAGUGCAACAAUCUAGAAAAUUAGAAAUUGAUCAAAUUAAAAGUGCCACGCAUAUCAAAGCUACUAUUCAAUCUUUCAUAAUAUUUCAUACUAGAAUUGCAAUUUUCUCAAGUAUUUUAUCCUAUGUAUUAUUAGGAAACUAUAUUACAUCACAAAAAGUUUUUAUUUUAGUUGCAUACUACAAUAUACUAUUGACAACAAUGACAGUAUUUUUUCCUCAAGCUAUUGUAUUAGUAGCUGAAGUAAUAGUGUCUAUUAAUCGUAUUCAGAGUUUUUUAUUAAACAAUGAAAAACAACCCGAAACAUUAUCAAUAAAAACAGGAAACACGGAUAAUAUAAACAGCUCAGAAACUCUAGAAUUAGAUUUUAUAGAUAACACUGAUGAUAAGAACCAAAUCGAUCAAUUGGAUAAUUUUAGUAUAGACAUAACAAAUGCUUCUGCCAAAUGGAUUCAUAGUCAACCAGAUAACACUUUAAAUAAUAUUAAUUUAACUGUUAAACCGGGUCAGUUGGUUGCUAUAAUCGGAGCCGUAGGAGCUGGAAAAAGUUCAUUAAUACAAGCAAUUUUACGAGAAUUGGAACUUUCAGAAGGAAAAAUAUCAGUAUGCGGUGAAGUGUCUUACGCAUCUCAAGAACCAUGGUUAUUUAAUGGAUCUGUUCAACAAAAUAUUAUAUUUGAUUCACCAAUGAAUGCGGAACGCUACGAACAAGUUAUACACGUAUGUGCUUUAAAAACGGAUCUCAAACUAUUUCCAUAUGGUGACAAAACAAUAGUGGGAGAAAGAGGUGUCUCUCUUAGCGGAGGACAAAGAGCGAGAAUAAAUUUAGCAAGAGCUAUAUAUAAACAGGCGGACAUUUAUUUGCUGGACGACCCACUAUCAGCUGUAGACACACACGUAGGAAAUCAUUUGUUUCAGAAAUGUAUUAAAGAUUACCUCAAAGAAAAAACUUGUGUUCUAAUUACUCAUCAAAAGCAAUACUUGUCAAACGUAGAUCGUAUUGUUUUAAUGGACAAUGCAAGCAUAGUAUCAGAUGGAAAUUAUCAUGAACUUCAGUCCGCAGACAUCAAUCAAUUACUUGUAUCAUCAGAGGUAGCAUCAAUUGAAUCUGAUAAUGGAUUUUGCAUUGUCAAAGACAAGAAUAAAAAUAGCUCAGAUAAUCCUACCAUUUUAUUUCGACAAGAUUCAAUUCAAAGCGUUUCUUCAUCCGUUAAUGAGAGCAAAAUUAAAGAAACUCAAAUAGAACCCAUCGAAGAGGCUGAAAUUUGUUCAACUGGGAACGUUUCAAAGAGUGUUUAUUUUUCAUAUAUUUUUGCGGGUGAAAAUAUAUGUCAAUUAAUGAUUACAGUUUUUGCUACUCUUUUCACAUAUAUUAUCUGCAGUGGAGGAGAUUAUUGGAUAAGUUUUUGGGUCAAUCAAGAAGAGCGUCCAUUCAAUAAAAUAAAAAGUAUUUCUACUAACAGUUCAAUAAUAAAUGGAGAAUCAACUGUUAUAUUACCGUCGUGGUCGAUUUCUCGAGAAACGUGUGUCACAGUUUAUGUGACCCUAAACUUUGCAAUGAUACUAAUUUGUUUUAUUAGAAAUAUUUCAAUCGUAUCGGUUUUUAUGGGAAUUUCUAAAAAUUUACACAACACAAUGUUCAACGCAAUAACUAGAGCCAAAAUGCAAUUCUUCCAUUCCAACUCAUCGGGCCGAAUACUUAACCGCUUCACUAAAGAUAUGGGAGCUAUUGAUGAAAUAUUACCUCUUCCUAUUUUGUUUUGUAUACAUACUUCAAUGACGAUAAUUGGAACGAUAUUUAUUAUUGGAAUAGUAAACUUUUACCUUUUGAUUCCCACGUUCAUCGCAGGAUUUAUCUGUUACAAAACGAUAGUUUUUUAUCUACCUCCCUGUCGUUCUAUUAAACGUUUAGAAGGAGUUACACGGAGUUUUGUCUUUGCACAUUUAAAUGCAUCUUUCCAAGGCCUAACAACAAUUAGAGCAUUUAAAGCUGAAGAUAUUUUAUCCAAAGAAUUUGAUAGCCAUCAAGAUUUACAUUCUUCGGCUUUGCAUUUAUUUAUUUUUUCAAAUGCAGCGUUUGGCUUUAUAUUGGAUAUAAUUUGUUUCACUUACAUAAGUGUUUUAGUACUUGGAAUUUUAACUCUCUACAACGAAACAUAUGGUGGGAAUUUUGGGCUCAUUAUUACUCAAACAAUGAAUAUAACCGGUUUAUUGCAAUGGGGAGUCAAACAAUUUGGAGAUUUAGAAAAUCAAAUGACCUCAGUCGAAAGAAUUCUUGAGUACACUAAUGCUCCGAAAGAAGCUGCACUUGAAUCAUCCCCAGAAAAAAAACCACCAAAAGAAUGGCCAGACAAAGGACUUGUUGUAUUUCAAAAUGUUUAUUUACGUUAUAAUGAAGAUUCUCCAUAUGUUUUGAAAAAUAUCAGUAUGAAAAUUCAACCUAUGGAAAAGGUUGGAGUCGUUGGUAGAACCGGUGCUGGAAAGUCAUCUCUGAUUGAAGCAUUAUUUAGAUUAGCUAUUAAUGAGGGUAAUAUCAUCAUCGAUGGCAUCGAGAUACAUGAAUUGGGACUGCAUGAUCUUAGGUCGAAACUUUCAAUUAUUCCCCAAAAUCCAGUAUUAUUUUCAGGGACAAUUCGAACGAACCUAGAUCCUUUCAAUAAAUACCCUGACCAUGUUCUUUGGAAUGCUUUAGAUGAAGUAGAACUUAAAAAAACUAUAGAAAGUUUGAACGAUGGGUUAGACUCAAAAAUGUUUGAAGGUGGUUCUAAUUUCAGUGUUGGCCAAAGACAACUAGUGUGCUUGGCUAGGGCUAUAAUUCAAAACAAUAAAUUUCUUAUGUUAGAUGAAGCUACUGCUAAUAUUGAUUCACAUACCGAUGAAUUAAUUCAGAAUACUAUUAGAAAUAAAUUCAGAGCAUGUACCAUUCUAACAAUCGCACAUCGUUUGAAUACUGUCAUGGAUUCCGAUAAAAUUCUUGUCAUGGACGCAGGAGCAAUGGUCGAAUUCGACCAUCCACAUAAUUUGUUGAAAAAUAAAGACGGAUUUUUGUUCAAAAUGGUUGAACAAACUGGACAAGCUACCGCUAACAUGUUACACAGAAUAGCUAAUGAGAGCUAUAAAAAAGUAUACAAUACGGCAGCAUUUUCAACGGAAAUAACUAGCAAUAGUGUAAAUGAGAUCAAGAAAAAUUCAUAAUUUUUAAUUUAAUAAAUUUGUUUAAGUAGUAUUAUCUUUAAUGCUAAUACAAUAGUUUUUAUUUAUUUUUAAUCUAAUCAUUAGACUAUAAUAAAAAUGUAAUUUUUUCUA